AUGGAUACAGUUCAUAAUAUGGAUGUUGUACAACAAUUAAAAGAUGCAAGAAUAAAAAAUAUUUAUGAUUGGUUAUGGCAAAAACAAUUAAGAUUCUAUUUAGAACAUAAUAAUGCUAUUAUUAAAAUGGUUGAUGCACAAUUUAAUUAUACAUAUGAAUAUCAAGGAAAUGCACAAAAACUUGUACAUACACCUUUAACAGAUAAAUGUUAUUUAACUUUAACACAAGGAAUGCAUAUGGGUUUUGGUGGAAAUCCAUACGGACCAGCUGGUACAGGUAAAACCGAAUCUGUUAAAGCUCUUGGUUCAACAUUUGGGCGACAAGUACUUGUAUUCAAUUGUGAUGAAGGUAUCGAUGUUAAAUCAAUUGGUCGAAUAUUUAUUGGUAUUUGUAAAUCUGAUGCUUGGGGUUGUUUUGAUGAAUUUAAUCGUUUGGAUGAAGCUGUAUUAUCAGCUGUAUCAAUGCAAAUUCAAGUUAUUCAAGAUGCUUUAAAAAGUGGUGCAUCAUCAUUAACAUUACUUGAUCGUAAUAUCGAAAUCAAUCCAAAUUCAGGAAUAUUUGUUACACUUAAUCCAGCUGGAAAAGGUUAUGGUGGUCGUUCGAAAUUACCCGAUAAUUUAAAACAAUUAUUUCGACCUGUAGCUAUGUCAAAACCAAAUAAUGAACUUAUUGCAGAAGUUCUUCUCUAUUCUGAUGGAUUUAAAAAUGCAAAUAUUUUAGCAAGAAAACUUGUUGCAUUAUUUAAUUUAAGUAAAGAACUUCUAACAACACAACAACAUUAUGAUUGGGGUUUAAGAGCAUUAAAAACUGUAUUGAAAGGUUGCGGAACAUUAUUACGAAAUGCUAGAUCGAAUAAAGUUGAAAUUUCAUCAAAAUAUGAAUCUCAAUUAGUUGUACAGGCAGCUCGUAUAAAUACUUUAUCGAAAUUAACUUUUGGUGAUUCGAAACGUUUUGAUGGUCUUCUACAAGAUAUAUUUCCUGGUAUUGAUUUACGAGAUAUUGAAUAUGAAAAUUUACGAUUAGCAUUACAUGAUAUUUAUAAAGAACAUCAUUUAUUAAUAAAUGAUAUGCAAAUUCGUAAAGCACUUGAACUUUAUGAACAACUUCGACAACGUAUGGGUGUUGUUAUUGUAGGACCAUCUGGUUCAGGAAAAUCCGUUUUAUGGAAAAUGCUUCAACAUGCUAUGCAAAAAAUAGGUCAUCAAGUUCGAACAUAUGUUAUGAAUCCAAAAUCAAUGCCACGAAUACAAUUACUUGGACAUAUUGAUAUUGAUACAAGAGAAUGGUCGGAUGGUGUAUUAACAGCUGCAUCACGUGCUGUUGUUAAAGAACCACUUGAAAUUCAAUCAUGGAUUGUAUGUGAUGGUGAUGUUGACCCUGAAUGGAUUGAAUCCUUAAAUUCUGUUCUUGAUGAUAAUCGUUUGCUAACAAUGCCAUCUGGUGAACGUAUACAAUUUGGACCAAAUGUUAAUUUUCUUUUUGAAACACAUGAUUUAAGUUGUGCUUCACCUGCAACAAUUUCUCGAAUGGGAAUGAUUUUUCUUAGUGAUGAAGAUACAGAUGUAAAAGCAGUUGUUCAAUCAUGGUUAGCAAAAGAAUCCGAUGAAACACGUUCAUCAACAGAACAAUUUAUAAAUGAUUAUUUUUUUGAAGCAUUCGAUUGGAUACUUAAAAAAAAUGAUUUUGUUGUUGAAACAACAUUAAUUGGUACUGUUCUGAAUGGUUUAUCACAUUUACAUGGUGUACAUGAUAAAUCAUUAUUUGCUUUGGGUUUAAUUCGUGGUUUAGGCGGGAAUUUAACAGAAAAAACAAAAGAAGAAUUUGCACGUGAAGUAUUUCGAAUAACAGGUGAACAUCCACCAGAUCCAAGUAAUUUAUUAUCAACAAAAUUUGAUGAACAAACAAAAGCGUUAAUGACUUAUAUGAAUGAUGAAAAAUCUGAUCUAACUGCCGAUAAUUUUAAUAAUAUGUACGACCUUCCUGUAGUUCGUACAAUCGAUAUUCAACGUUAUCUUGAUUCAUUUCUUCCAUGGCUUGAUAGCAAACAUCGUAAACCUUUUCUUGUUGUUGGACCGGAUGGUUGCGGCAAAGGAACUCUUCUACGUUAUUGUUUUCGUCAAUUACGUUCAACACAAGUUGCAAUUUUACAUUGUAGUGCUCAAACAUCACCAAUACAUGUUAUACAAAAAUUAAAUCAAUCAUGUAUACAAGUAUCAUCAACAAAUGGUCGAACAUAUCGACCAAAAGAUUGUGAAAAUCUUAUUUUAUAUGUUAAAGAUAUUAAUCUACCUAAACUUGAUAAAUGGGGUACAAGUCAAUUAAUUGAAUUUUUACAACAAAUUUUAACUUACAAUGGUUUUUAUGAUGAAAAUCUUGAAUUUGUUAAUCUUGAAAAUAUACAAAUCGUUGGAAGUAUGAACCCAUCGAAUACACUUGGUAGACAUAAAUUAUCAACACGUUUUACAUCAAUUGUUCGGAUAUGUUCAAUAAAUUAUCCGAAUGAAGAACAAUUACAAAUCAUCUAUGCAAAUUAUUUAAAAGCUAUACUUCAACAACAAUUACCCAAUCAUAAAAUAUGGUCAUCACAUGGAAAAACUCAUCAAUUAGCUUUAUCAAUGAUUCAUGUUUAUAACGAAUUAAGAACGAAAUUUAGUCAAGAUGAACAUAGUCAUUAUUUAUUUACACCAAGAGAUUUAACACGUUGGUGUUUAAGUUUAUUACGUUAUGAUUUUUCAUCAAGUAAAAAUGAUGCGUCAAUAGACAGUUUACUUGAAAUUUGGACCUAUGAAGCAUGUAGAUUAUUUAAAGAUCGUUUAGUUGGAAGUGAUGCACAAAAUAAAUUCGAUCAAUUAAUUGAUCAAGUAUUAAGAAGUGAUUGGUCAUCGAAUGCUUCAAAUUCAUUAAGAGAUUCUUAUUUUGUAUCUUGGGUAACUAGCGGUAAUCGUCGAACACUUCCACCAGCUGGUCGUGUAUUAACACGUUUAACUAGUAAGGAUCUACAACCAUUUGUUGAACGUGGUAUUGCUCGUUAUCGAGCUGAUUAUCGUGAUACAGAUGUAUUUAUAUUUCGUGAAAUACUUGAUACAAUUGUUCGAUGUGAUCGUGUAUUAACAACACCUGGUGGUUCAUUGUUAUUAGCUGGUAGAAGUGGUGUUGGACGUCGUACAGCAAUUGGUAUUGUUGCUUCAAUGAAUAAUAUGAAAUUAUUUUCACCUAAAGUUAGUCGAUCUUAUGGAAUAAAACAAUUUAAAAAUGAUUUAAAAACGAUUUUACAAAGUGCAGGUGUUGAAGGUGAACAAUGUAUUUUAUUAAUGGAAGAUUAUCAAUUUAUUGAAUCAACAUUUGUUGAAUUAAUUAAUAGUCUUUUAUCAGCUGGUGAAGUUCCAGGUCUUUAUACACCCGAUGAAUUAGAAGCAAUCUUAUCUCCAUUACGUGAAGAAUCAUCACAAGAAAAUUUUCGUGGAACAAUGGUUCAAUAUUUUGCUCAAAGAGUAAAAACAAAUCUACAUAUUGUAUUAAUUAUGGAUUUUACUCGACCAACAUUUACAAUUGCAUGUCAAAGUAAUCCAGGAUUUUUUAAAGAAUGUUCCGUACAAUGGUUAGAAGGUUGGUCAGAAAGAUCAAUGAUUAAAAUUCCAUCAAUGUUAUUUUCAAAAGAUCGUUCAGAAGAAGAUAGUAAAAAUAAUUAUACUGAAAAAAUUAAUCUUGAUGAAGAUUUAGCAAAAUUAUUUUAUCAAAUUCAUCAAUCAAUGGAAAAGAAAUAUUUAACACCAAGACGUUAUUUAAUUUUACUUGAAACAUAUCGCGAAGUUUAUCUAUCUAAACAACAUGCAAUUGUUAAAAGACAAAAACAUUUAAAAUCCGGUGUUUCAAAAUUAAGUGAUGCAAGAAAAGUUGUUGAUGAUUUAAAACGUAAUGCAGAAGUUAAACAAAAAGCACUAGCUGUAAAACAACAUGAAGCUGAUGACGCUCUUAAACAAAUUACUAAAAGCAUGGCUGAUGCUGGAUCGCAAAAGACUGAAAUGGAACAGCUGAAAUCAAAAGUCAAUGAAGAAACAUCCAAUAUUGAACGUCAAAAACGUGAAAUUGAUGAUGAAUUAGCUGAAACUCAACCAUUAGUUGAUCAAGCUAAGGAAGCGGUUGGUAAUUUAAAAUCUAGUACAUUAACUGAAAUAAAGUCAUUACGUUCACCACCUGAAGUUAUUAAAGAUAUUCUUGAAGGUGUAUUGAAAUUAAUGGGUAAAUCAGAUACAUCCUGGAACUCUAUGACAGCAUUCUUAGGUCAACGUGGUGUUAAAGAAGAUAUUAUGAAUUUUGAUCCACGAAAUGUUUCAUCAGAUAAUCGUGAUCAAGUUGAAAAAUUAUUACGUGGAAAAGCGAGCUCAUUUACUCAAGAAAAUGCUUCUAAAGCAUCUCAGGCAGCUGGUCCACUUGCUACAUGGGUUGUUGCAAAUGUUAAAUACUCACGUGUAUUAGAAAAAAUUCGUCCAUUAGAAGAAAAACAAAAUAAAUUAAAAAAAAAUUUAGAAAGUUCAACAAGAAAAAUGGAUGAAUUAAGUCAUGAUUUAAAAAUAGUUGAUGAUAAAGUUGAAAAAUUUCGUCAAACAUUUGAAAAAACAACGAAUGAAGCUCAACGUUUAAAAGUUGAUUUAGAAAAAGCAAAUGAAACAAUUGAAGCAGCACAAAAUCUUGUUGGAAAACUUGAAGGAGAAUUUUAUCGUUGGUCAACUCAAGUCAAUGAUCUUGAUGAACAAUUAAAAAUUUUACCAAAAAUUUCCAUAUUAUCUGCUGGUUUUAUAACAUAUUUAGCUAGUCAAUCGGAAGAUAAACGUGUUGAUUAUAUAAAUAAAUGGAAACAAAUAUUGGGGGUUGAUGAAAAAUUUAAUGUAAGAAAAUUUUUAUCAACUGAAAGUGAACAAUUAGUAUGGAAAAGUCAAGGUUUACCAUCGGAUGAAUUAUCAAUGGAAAAUGCAAUGGUUAUACUUCGUUCACAGUUAUGUCCUUUUCUUGUUGAUCCAUCAUCACGUGCAACUGAAUGGUUAAAAACACAUUUAAAAGAGAAAAAAGUUGAAGUUAUUAAUCAACAAGAUAAUAAUUUUACAACACAAUUAGAAUUAGCUGUACGAUUUGGAAAAAUAUUAAUUGUACAAGAAGUUGAUGGAGUUGAACCAGUACUUUAUCCUGUUUUGCGAAAAGAUUUAGCAGCACAAGGACCAAGACAUGUUGUUCAAGUUGGUGAAAAAGUUAUUGAUUAUAAUCCAGAAUUUAGAAUUUAUUUAACAACAAGAAAUCCAACACCAGAAUUAUUACCAGAUAUGGAAGCUAUUGUUAAUGAAAUUAAUUUUACCACUACACGUGCUGGACUUACAGGACAGCUUUUGGCAAUUGCUAUUCAACAUGAAAAACCUGAAUUAGAAGUUCGUAAAACUGAUUUACUUCGAAAAGAAGAAGAACUUAAAAUUGAAUUGGCGAAAUUAGAAGAUCAAUUACUCGAAGAUUUAGCAAAUGCAACUGGAAAUAUUUUAGAAAAUAAAGAAUUAUUACAAUCAUUAAAUAAAACAAAAGAAAAAUCUGCUACAAUAACAAAUUCACUUGAAGAAUCUCUUAAACUCGGUCUAGAUCUUGAUAAAGAAAGAAAUGAUUAUUUACCACUUGCUAAUCAUGGAAGUAAAUUAUUUUUUGUUAUAUCAGAUUUAUCGAAAGUCAAUAAUAUGUAUCAAUUCAGUUUGGCUGCAUUUUUACGUCUAUUUCAACGUAAUCUCGAACGAACAGAUGCAAAUAGAGGCUCACCACAAGAUCGAGUAUUAUCUCUAGCUAAAAAUCAAUUACGUAUGGCUUAUACAUACAUAACUCGAUCACUUUUUAAAGCUGAUCGUUUAAUGUUUGCAAUGCAUUUAGUACAUGGAAUGUUUGCAAAGAAAGUUCCGGAAAAUGAAUGGGAACAUUUUCUUGGUUUAAAUAUUGCUGAUGUAAAAGAAACACGAACAUUACCAUCAUGGGUUAAUGAAGAACGAUCAUUUGAUGUUUCUACAUUUAAAACAAAUUUUUCUCAACUUUUUUCAAAUCUUCGUUUUGAUGAUGAUUCAUGGUCAAAAUGGAAUUCUAUCAAUGAUUGCGAAUUACAUUUUCCUGAAGAUAAACAUUUAACACCAUUUCAACAAAUAUUAGUUAUACAAGCAUUUCGACCUGAUCGUUUAGAAAGUACAAUGAAACAAUUUGCUUGUGAUCAAUUAGGAAUUAAAGAUAUAUCACCUGAAACAUUAAACUUAAGAAAACUUUAUUCAAAAGAAACUAUAUCAACAGAACCUAUUUUAAUUAUUAUCUCACCUGGUGCUGAUCCAUCUACUGAACUUAGAGAUUUAGCUGCGGAAAUAACUGGAAAAGAUCGAUAUUCAGAGGUUGCUAUGGGUCAAGGUCAAAUGGAAAUUGCUCUUGAUUUAUUAAAAAAAUGUUCAGAACAAGGUGCAUGGCUAUGUUUAAAAAAUCUUCAUUUAGUUACACCUUGGUUAACGAUACUUGAAAAAGAAUUAAAUGCAUUAAAACCACAUAAAAAUUUUCGUUUAUGGUUAACUUCUGAAGUUCAUCCAAAAUUUCCAACUAUAUUAUUACAAUCAAGUAUUAAAAUAACAUAUGAAGCUCCACCUGGUUUAAAGAAAAAUCUUUUACGUACAUUUGAAAAUUGGACACCAGAUGAAUUUAGUAAAGGAAGUGUUGCACGUUCACAAACACUUUUUGUUUUAGCAUGGUUUCAUGCAAUUAUACAAGAACGACGAAAAUAUAUUCCACAAGGUUGGACUAAAUUUUAUGAAUUUUCUCAAGCAGAUCUACGUGCUGGCUACGAAAUUAUUCAUCGAUUAACUGAACGAGCUGCAAGACAAUCGGGUGGUGAUAUUCAAUGGGAUUAUAUUCAUGGUCUAUUCGAUCAAGCUGUUUAUGGUGGUCGAGUUGAUAAUCCAGUUGAUACAGAUGUAUUAAGAUCUUAUUUGAUGCAAUAUUUUAAUUCAGCUAUUAUUGGUGGUGCAAAAGGAUUAAAAAGUCGAUUAGCAUCAAGUAUAAAUCUACCAAAUUCAACAGAACAUCAUGAUUAUAAAAAGAUUUGUGAUGAAUUACCUGAUGAAGAUGCGCCAAGUUUAUUUGGUUUACCAGCUAAUAUUGAACGAUCAGCACAACGAAUGAAUAGUACACAAAUAAUAAAUUCUUUAAAAAUUCUUCAACGUACUGAUGUUGUAGUUGAAAAGUUCGAUAAAGAAAAAUGGAAUACAUUAUUAACACCAUUACUUAAUUUAUGGAAAAAACUAAAUCAAGACAUAGAUUUUAUAAAAUUAAAAGUUCAACCACCAGUUGAAGAUGGUUCUUUAACACCAAUUCAAUCAUUUCUUCAAUUAGAACGUUAUAAUGGUGUUCAAUUAGUUCAAACAAUUCAUGAAAAUUUAGCUGCUCUAUCAAAAGUUAUUCGAGGAAUUAGUUUAAUUACAAAUGAAAUACAAGAAUAUGCAAAAGAUUUACUUCAAAAUGAGACACCACAAACAUGGCAAGCUCGUUGGGAAGGUCCAAAUGAUUCAUUACAAUAUUUACGUGUUGUUGUAUCAAAAGCUAAAGCUAUGCAACAAAUAACAUCAUCAAUAAAAGAUCAAGAUAUAUUUUCUCAAACAAUUAAUUUAUCAGAUCUUUUUCGUCCAGAUACAUUUUUAAAUGCAUUAAGACAACAAACAGCACGAAUAACAAAACAACCAAUGGAUACAUUAGUAUUAAAUACGUCAUGGUCUGGUGAAGUUAAACAUGGAAAGAAUGUUUCAAUUAGAAUAACUGGUUUACAAUUAGAAGGUUGUUCAUUUGAUAGUGGACGUUUAAGUGAAAGUGCACCUGAUUCACCAAGUGUUACUGCAUUUCCUUCGUGUUAUAUUGCAUGGAUACCUCAAGAUGUUGCACAACAAGAAACACGUGAAAUUAUUUCAUUACCAGUCUAUUUUAAUGCUGAUCGAGAAAAAAUAGUUACCAGAUUAAAUGUUCCAUGUGGUAGCGAUAAAAACAAAUGGUUACAAUGUGGAGCUGCACUUUUUCUUAAAAAUGUUUAA